ACAAGGUACAGCAAAAUGAGGGGCUCUCGUGCCAACGAGCUGCCGGAAGACUUCUGGAUACCCAUCCCGCUGGACACCAACAACAUCACAACUCUAAGUCCAUUCCUGGUUCCUCAGGACCACCUGGGGAAUGCAGCCACCUUCUACGGCAUGGCUGGAUUCAUGUUUUUUGUGUUUACGGUCGGCACCACCAUCAACGCUCUAACCAUCGCUUGCACCAUGCAAUACAAGAAACUUCGGUCCCACCUGAACUACAUCCUGGUGAACCUGGCGGUGGCGAACCUUCUCGUGUCUUGUGUGGGCUCUUUCACUGCUUGCUGCUCUUUUGCGUCAAGAUAUUUCAUCUUCGGACCGCUGGCGUGCAAGAUUGAAGGUUUCAUGGCAACACUUGGCGGUAUGGUAAGCCUGUGGUCUCUUGCUGUGAUUGCCUUUGAACGAUGGCUGGUCAUCUGCAAGCCACUCGGAAACUUUGUUUUCAAGCCGGACCAUGCUUUGGCAUGCUGUUUAUUCACUUGGAUCUUCGCACUUAUUGCAUCACUUCCUCCACUCUUUGGUUGGAGCCGAUACAUUCCCGAAGGCCUGCAGUGCUCCUGUGGUCCGGACUGGUAUACCACCAACAAUAAGUACAACAAUGAGUCCUAUGUGAUUUUCCUCUUCGGCUUUUGCUUCGCCGUUCCCUUUGCCACCAUCGUCUUCUGUUAUGGUCAGCUGCUCAUUACACUGAAAAUGGCGGCAAAAGCCCAGGCAGAUUCAGCCUCUACCCAGAAAGCAGAGAGGGAGGUGACCAGGAUGGUGGUCCUCAUGGUGCUAGGAUUUCUGGUGUGUUGGUUGCCCUAUACCACCUUUGCUCUUUGGGUGGUCUUUAACCGUGGGCAAAGCUUUGACCUGCGAAUGGCCACCAUACCUUCUUGCUUUUCAAAGGCCUCAGCAGUCUACAACCCGAUCAUCUACGUCCUGUUCAACAAACAGUUCCGCUCAUGCAUGAUGGGUAUGAUUGGAAUGAGUAGCGGCGAAGAAGAAUCUUCAACAACAUCAUCAGUGACUGAAGUCUCCAAAGUUGGGCCUGCUUAGACCUUGGAUUUGUUGAUUUGUACACUUCCAAUGAGUUGCAUGAGUCAGUUGUAAAUACCUAUAAAUGUAUGUUUUCGCAUAUUCAAAAAAAAUAAAAAAAAACAAUACUCAUAAUGAAAA